AUGUCCGGUGGAAAGGAGGCAGGUGGAAUUCACCCUUACCAGCAGCAGCAGCAACAUGCCCAGUAUGUUGGACCCUACCGGCUGGAGAAAACACUUGGCAAAGGACAGACAGGGUUGGUUAAACUAGGUAUUCACUGUAUAACCGGACAGAAAGUGGCAAUAAAGAUUGUAAACCGAGAAAAGCUUUCAGAGUCUGUCUUAAUGAAGGUGGAAAGAGAGAUUGCAAUCCUGAAGCUGAUUGAACAUCCCCACGUUCUCAAGCUGCAUGAUGUCUAUGAGAAUAAGAAAUAUUUAUAUUUGGUGCUUGAACAUGUUUCUGGUGGAGAACUUUUUGACUAUCUGGUUAAAAAGGGACGACUAACUCCAAAGGAGGCUCGUAAAUUCUUCCGACAAAUCAUAUCUGCUCUCGAUUUCUGUCACAGCUACUCUAUAUGCCACAGAGACCUGAAGCCUGAAAAUUUAUUGUUAGAUGAAAAAAACAACAUACGGAUAGCAGAUUUUGGGAUGGCGUCACUGCAGGUCGGGGACAGUUUACUUGAGACCAGCUGCGGGUCUCCUCACUAUGCAUGCCCUGAGGUGAUCAAGGGGGAGAAGUAUGAUGGGCGCAGAGCUGACGUAUGGAGCUGUGGAGUCAUCCUGUUUGCACUUCUUGUGGGGGCAUUGCCCUUUGAUGACGAUAACUUGCGUCAGCUGCUAGAGAAGGUGAAACGUGGUGUAUUUCAUAUGCCGCAUUUUAUCCCACCAGACUGUCAGAAUCUGCUGAGGGGCAUGAUUGAGGUGGAACCUGAGAAACGCCUCAGUCUAGAUCAGAUCCAGAAGCAUUCGUGGUAUCUGGGUGGCAAAAAUGAACCAGAACCUGAGCAGCCCACUCCCCGAAAGGUGUCCAUCAGAAGAAUUCACUCAGUAAGUGAGUUUGACCCCGAUGUCCUGGAUAGUAUGCAUUCCUUGGGUUGCUUCAGGGAUAAAACCAAACUGAAACAAGAACUACAGAAUGAAGAUGAAAACCAAGAGAAGAUGAUUUAUUACCUUCUCUUGGAUCGUAAGGAAAGAUAUCCAAGUUGUGAAGAUGAAGACCUCCCUCCCAGGAAUGAUAUAGAUCCACCUCGUAAAAGAGUUGAUUCCCCAAUGCUGAACCGACAUGGCAAGAGACGCCCCGAGAGAAAGUCUAUGGAAGUCUUGAGCGUGACAGAUGGUGGUUCACCUGUUCCCGCACGACGGGCUAUUGAGAUGGCACAACACAGUCAAAGGUCCAGAUCUGUGAGUGGUGCAUCCACUGGUCUCUCCUCCAGCCCUCUCAGCAGUCCAAGGAGUCCCGUAUUCACUUUCUCCCCCUCGCCGCUGGAAGCCACUGAUGGGGAGGACCCCCGUGCCAUCUGGCAAUCCAAAGCUGCUCACCGUCAGCCUGACCCGAAGACCCAAACGUUGCCUGCUAAGACCAGCCUGGGAGAGAAGCCCCUCCACACCAUUAAAUCUAAUCCCUUACCAAUUACCAUGACUGCUUCCUCCCCACCGCAUGACUCCUCAACUUCACCUCAUCGUUCCCCAUUAUCCCCUCCUUUCUUCCCUUCCUCACUACCCGCUCGUUUUUUCCCUGGUACUAAAUCCACCACCAAAUCUAUCCCUUUGCCGCAGGUGACCCCUCACCCUUCUCCCCGAGGUAGUCCCCUCCCUACCCCGCUGGGCACCCCAGUGCAUACGCCCAAGGACAGCCCGACUGGGACGCCCAGUGGCACCCCUCCCUCAAGUCCAGGUGUUGGUGGGGUGGCUUGGAAGACACGACUCAACUCUAUCAAGAAUAGCUUCCUGGGUUCCCCACGUUUCCACCGUCGGAAAUUGCAAGUACCGACACCAGAAGAAAUGUCAAGUCUCACUCCAGAGUCUUCACCGGAGCUUGCCAAAAAGUCUUGGUUCGGAAACUUCAUCAACCUAGAUAAAGAAGAGCAGAUAUUUGUGGUGAUUAAAGAUAAACCUCUCAGCUCCAUAAAAGCUGACAUAGUCCACGCUUUUCUCUCAAUCCCAAGUUUAAGUCACAGCGUGAUCUCUCAGACCAGCUUCAGAGCAGAGUACAAAUCAUCAGGGGGCCCAUCUGUAUUUCAGAAACCUGUCAAAUUCCAGGUGGACAUAAGUUACUCGGAGGGAGCUGAGGCACAAAAAGAGAAUGGCAUUUACUCUGUGACCUUCACUCUAAUAUCAGGUCCCAGUCGCCGAUUUAAGAGGGUUGUAGAGACUAUUCAGGCACAACUGCUGAGCACACAUGACCAGCCGUCAGUUCAGGCUUUGGCAGGAGCAAAUGUAACAACAAGAACCCAGAUGGAGUGUUCCUUGGAUCAUCUUCUCUUCUUGCCACCAGAUGAAAAGAAUGGACAACAAAGUCGACAGCCUGGAACUCCAACUCGAAGCUGCCAAAACUCACGUCGCUCCGAGCCUGACAUGGCAGAACACCACAGGAGAGGAUCCUCCAAAGACAAGAAACUUUUGGCUUCCAAUGGAACGCAAACACAGCCAUGA